AUGGAGUCCGGCUGGUACCUCGAGGAGCAGCAGCCGAUAUAUUUGGACUAUAACGCUACCACGCCGUUGGAUAGCGAGGUCCGAAAAGUGAUCAUCGAAGCGCUCGACCUCUGGGCCAAUCCGAGCAGCAACAACCCUAUGGCCGCCAAAGCCAAAGAGGCGAUCGAGAAGGCAAGGAAGCAAGUGGCAGACUUGAUGCACGUCACGCCGAAGGAAGUGAUUUUCACUUCCGGUGGCACCGAGUGCAACUCCUGGGUGAUCCACUCUGCCAUCGAAAGCUCAGGACUGGCAAAACCUCACAUUGUCGCGACCGAAAUCGAACAUCCGGCUAUUCAGAACCCCCUGAAAAAGCUGAAGGAGAGAGGGGUCAUUGACGUCACCUUCUGCCCUGUCGACAAAUCGAAAGGAUACGUUUUACCGGAAACGAUAGGAGCUGCAAUCACUGCCGAAACCUGUCUGGUUUCCGUCAUGUUGGCCAAUAAUGAGAGCGGGGUUAUUCAACCAAUCACCGAAAUCGCCGACAUCACCCGGAAAAUGGGCGACAAGUUUGGCCGGAAAAUCUUGGUGCACAGCGAUACGACGCAGGCAGUCGGCAAGAUGGACAUCAACCUCGACACGCUAAAAAUCGACUACGCCACCGUGGCCGGGCACAAGUUUUAUGGUCCACGCUGCGGAGCCCUGAUUCUGCGCUCUGCUCUGACCGUCCCAAUCAACCCGAUGAUCCUGGGGUGUACGCAGGAGAGCGGACUACGCGCUGGGACCGAAAACACCCCGAUGAUCGCUGGCCUCGGGAAAGCCUGCGAAAUUGCCGCUGAAAAGCUGGUGGAGAAGGAAAAGAAGCUUUUGGAGCAUCGCCAACAUUUUGAGGAUCAGCUGAAGGCCCAACUCGGUGACCAAGUCCUCAUAAACUUCGAUGCGUCGCCCCGAUUGGCCAAUUCGUCAUCAGUGGCUUUUCCAAAAUAUGCGGAAACUAGCGCCGACCUGCUCGCCAAGUGCAAGUCGUUCUACGCGAGCACCGCCGCUGCCGGGCAUUCGAAGGAGAAAAAGGCCAGCAAGAUCCUACUGGCUUCUGGAGUCCCGGAAGACGUAGCGCUGCGUAGCGUUAGAUUCAGUAUUGGCCGGGAUACGACGAAAGAAGAGCUCGAUCGUGUCGUAAAAGAGCUGAAAGCCAUGCUAUUCUUGUCGAAAAACGCCGGCUCGUUGAUGGGAGCGCUUGGAAAAGGACCCGUCGCUGGUUUU